AACUUAUAUUCUGUUUUCCGUUUCAGUAUUUUUGAACUAAAAAGAAACGAUAAAAUUUGAUAUAUAAAUAAUAAAGAUGCAAAAAAGUGGUCCACCGAUGAUUGGCAAAGUGACAGCCAAACAAGAACAGUAUACAGAAUACAAAUUGAGAGUACCAAAAAAUUUAGUCAAACGAUACAAUGUGAUGAAACUGAACUCACCAAGACCAAUAAAAUUGGGUGACAUUAAAGAGGCCAACAUGGUUCGUAAAACUAAAAAGCAAGUUUACGUGGAAGAAGAGGCAGCAUCCAUGCCAACAUACGGUGCUGGCAGUGUAUACAAUUACGAGAGAAAAGAAGAAGCUCGAAAAAAACGCAGAGGCUACAUUUCGAAAGAAAUCAAUCUAGAUGAUCUUCCUUAUGCGCUUCGAUUAGGUGGAAAGGGAGGUAAAAGAUACACUGGACGAAAAGAACCGAUCCUGGAACACUCUGCUUACUACAUUCUAACACAAUGUCCUGAUGGUGUGUUUGAGGCAGUACCUGUACAAGCGUGGUACAAUUUCUUACCUGAUAUCGACUAUUCUACGCUUACUUCAGACGAAGUUGAGCAAGAAUUUUCUAAACGUGAUCGUACGUUAAGUUAUUUUACAACAAAAUAUCAGAUAGGUGGGGAAGAGCAAGAAGAGCUUAGUAAAGUGAGAAGAAAAGAUGACGACCACAAUUUGAUUAUUCACGAUGAUGAGAUCGAUGAAGAAGAUCAAGAAGCAGAAAAUGAAGAGGAGAACGAAGAGGAAACCGAAAAAAAGAAAAAGAAAGUAUCCAAAAAAGAGAAGAACAUAUUUCGUGGUAAAAAUAAAAAAGAAGGAAAUGAUUCGGAUGAAGAAGAAGAACUUGAAAACUUCGAAUCAAAAGAAGUUGAUUAUAUGUCGGAAUCUUCAUCAGAGGACGAGCUGAUUGAGAUGGACGAUGAACCCGAUCCAGAAAAAGAAAAAUCGGGAAAAGCUAAAGACGACUUGAACAUAUUUUCCGAUUCUGAAAAUGACGAUGAGGAGGAGAGUGAUUUAAAUGAGGCUGGCAAACAGUUGAAAUCUAUGUUGAAGAAGGAAUCUGGCAUUGGAGGAAGUUCUGAUGAAGAAGAAGAGGAGGAAGAAGAAGAUGAAGAUAUUGACAACGAAUUUUCAAAGUCAGCUGUUUUUAUGCAAGGUAAGGACGGUAAAAAGAAGAAAGGAAAAUCAGGCAGCAAUUCUGGUUCUAAACCCGGAAGUAGAUCAUCAACUCCAGUGCAAAAUGAUCAAUCUGCUGAUACGUUGUCACAGGCUGCUAAGUCUUUAAAAGAAGGUAAAGCAGGCUCAAAGCGAAGUAUGGAUCGUUCAUCGCCCAGUCCACAAUCCAAGAAACAAAAACUUGGAUCCAUUGUUACCGGUAGCCGAAAUAGUCCUAGUGGAUCUCGUUCUGUAACACCUUCUGAUGGAGGAAGUAAGACUGGCUCCAAGCGAGGUAUGGAUCGUUCACUACCCAGUCCACAAGGCAAGAAACAAAAACUUGGAUCCAUUGUUACCGGUAGCAGAAACAGUCCAUUAUUAACGGAUUCAAGAAGUGGAUCUCGAUCUGGAACACCCUCUGAUGGAGGGAAUACGAUAACUGAGGAGGCUAUACGAAGGUAUCUUACACAUAAGCCCAUGACCACUACAGACUUAAUGAGAAAGUUUAAAUUAAAAAAGACAGGAUUAAGUAAGGAACAAACUGUGAAUGCUAUUGGAUCAAUCUUAAAGAAAAUACAACCACACCAAGAGAAGAUUGAUGGAAAGUUAUAUUUGUCAAUCAAAACAAAAAGAUAAAGAUUUUCAAGGUUUUUGGUGGAAAAAGACACGCAUAUCUUAAAUACACAUAAAAUUGUGUCUUGCAUGCUGUAUUUCCUUUUCAUUGAGUUGGAAAUUAUGUCAGAAAAAAUUCUAUUUCACGCAUGCGCGUUUUUUAACCUGCUUACUACUGACCGUGGUUCAUAAGAACAAUGCUGUGUUCACGAUUCGAAAAGUGAGCGCGAAACGUUAAUCCCACACCUUACGUUACGUUUCGUUACGCUAUGUUGUGUUACAUAACGUUUCGUUAAAUAUUCCAUAGCAUAAAACAUCGAUUUUUUAGAUAAUAGAAGUGUUUUAGACUCACACGACUCACAGGAAUCAUUGUGAGUGGUUGUGAGUAAAAUUGUAAAUUGUGGAUAAAAUCUUAACGAAGAAUGUUUUAGCGUGCAAUGUUUUUUUUUGGUGAAUCGCCUAUUAUAAUUGGUUUGUUAUAAUGUCUUUAUGGCAUCUUAAGCGUAAUUGGUUCUUUGAUGAGAUCUGAGCAGGUGCAUAAGAAGGAAAAAAAUUGUCUUAGUGAAUUAUUUUUAGCAGGAAAUAAAUUGUUGCGAAUGUGGCGAGGUUUUGUCAAUUUGGCGAAAAUUAGUUCCCGCGGAAAUUAUUGAGUCAAUAACUUAUCUUUAAAUUCGCGAAAUUAAUUCUUAAAGUUUGGAUUUUUUUAUAAAAAUCGAUUUCUACUAAGUUUCUCUACUUAUCUCUCCUGUCACUUUAACUUCAGCAGUCUUCAUUUUAUGUUUCCUACGUAAAAGCCCUUGAAAAGGGGUUUAACUUGACAGAGAGAAAUGAGAAACAUUUAGCAUGUCCAUAUUUUAGCAAAAAAAAUAAAAAAUAUAUAAAUUUUUUAGAAGCAUGGAAACUAGCUUGUGAUAAAUGUAUUUUAAAGUUCAUGUUUUCAUUUUUAAUACAAGUUAAUAUGAUACAAAUAAAACAGAUGAGCGAGCUAAAAAUCAUGGAUACCUUGAUUAGUUUGUCACGAGAAGCCAAAGAACUUUAUCUGCCUACAGAAAUACCUCGAUUACCCACUGUACCAUCGCCGAUUACAUUUCUGAGAAAUUAUGUCACACCAAAUCUACCCGUGGUUGUCGAAAACAGUGUUGCCCACUGGCCAGCGCUGACGAAGUGGACAGAUGAAUAUUUGAAACAAACACUGGGU